GUUGUAAACGAGACUCCCUUCGGGUUAGACCGUCUCCGAAAACAAACUUAACUAUACGAUCGUUCCACUUGGUUUCCCCCUAUAAUCAACCUUAUGUACGCAGCGGUCGAGCGAUUAUACAAAACUGAAUAUUUUUUAGUGGUAAAAUAUAAUUUUGUGGAGUUUAUAAGCGAAACACGAAUAUGAGAGUUGAAGUGAUAACGAUUCUUUGUCUGUUUGUGUAUACAGAUCAGAAAUCUACCCCACAAGAUGACAGCUACGUGGCGGCGGUUGUGGAGUACCAGGUUCUCUCUAAUGAGACCAUCAACCUGCAGAACUACGUCAGACAUAUAGCAGACGCCGCUCAACAGGGAGCUGACAUAGUAGUGUUUCCCGAGAUGACACUGACUAGAGGCAGCGCCGUACCAGUGCCGAUAUAUACCACCCUGAAGGACCACCCGGUGCCGGCUCUCCGACCAGACCUUUAUAAUGAGCACCUAGUAACCAUAUCAGCAGCAGCGAGAGCCAACGAUAUCUACGUGGUGAUCAACAUCCAGGAAGAGCUGGACUGCACCAAGGACAGAGGGGAAGAAUGUCCAGAACAGAAGGAGUACAAAUUCAAUACCAACGUCGUGUUCAAUAGGACCGGUGCUGUUAUUGACAGGUAUCGUAAGAUCAACUUGUUUGGAGAGUUCACCCGCACUCCGGCUCUUAAACCUGAUCUGGGCAUCUUCACAACUGACUUCGGCGUCACCUUCGGCCACUUCAUCUGCUUCGACCUGAUGUUCCAAGUCCCCGCCAUCCAGGUCGUCGACAAGUACAAUUUGACUGACAUCAUCUUUCCAACUAUGUGGUUCUCUGAGCUGCCUUAUUUGACUGCUGUCCAAAUACAGGAAGCUUACGCUUACGCUAUGAAUGUCAAUUUCCUCGGCGCUGGAGCAAACAACGUCCGCGUGGGUUCUGCAGGGUCGGGUAUCUACUCCGGUAAAGCUGGCGCUCUAGUCAGUACCAUGCCAGGCUUACCUACUACUCUUCUUAUGGUUUCACGAGUACCCAAAGUUCCGGGUCAGGUGAAUUUCCCAGUGCCUGGUCCUAUCUAUGACAAACCCACCGACCACGAUAGUCUGGCUCUGAUCACCGACCCUUCAUUGCCGUCUCACGUCAGCCAGCCGCUGGUGGAGGGCUUCCAAGAGUUCACCCUCGUUGACCAGGAAGUCUCAUGCAAGUUCACCGUCAGGCUCAAUAAAAGAGAAGGAGCGCAGCAGUACAAAUACCGAGCAGUGGCGUUCGAGGGUGUGCGCAGUUUCUCCGGCAUGGCUACAGGGGGCAGCAGGGUGUGUGCCGUACUAGCGUGUACCGGAGACGAGUUCCAAACCUGCGGUCACAGGUUCACCGAAUACCAAGAAAACAGCACAUCAUUAUUUGAAGAAUUAUCGAUCGUGGCUACAGUUCCUACUCCUGUCUUAUUAUCCAAUUUAACCGCUCACGACUCAGCAUUCUUCCCCGUUUCUCUUGACGUGUCUAUCAUGCCCUUAGAGCCAGAAGGCUUCACCUACAAUACGGAUACACAAGGAACUACUACUGUUUAUACGUUAAAACUGAACAAUAAUACUGCGGAAUUGUAUACGUUUGCUGUAUGGGGAAGACUCUUCGGAUUAGAUGACCAAGAAGCAACCCCACCUUUACCUGAUUCUUCAAACGUAUCUGUUCUUAGUACGUCUUUAACAAUAGGACUUAUCGUUAUGUGUUUUUGUAACUUCGAGUAAAAUUUCUGCAAUUUAUAUAUGCGUGAUGCAGUCUCGAUGAUACGCUUUACUUUGAUGUUUGCCCAUGUUCAAUUAUUGCAGUACAAAGUCAUUACAAAUAUGUCAAUAGUUUUAAGAACAAUGUAGUUUUGGCGGCAAGGGAAAAUUGCCACCAAUGGAUGUUAAGUUAUUGAAUUAUUGAUUGUUUUUUCGGCAUUAGCAUAGAAUAAGGAAUAAUAUUACGUACUCGUAUAGACGACAUCUCCCCGCUACCCACCAGCGGCUAAGCUAGGAUUACCUUCACCCCAUCGGUCAUACUUUAGUUUUCAAUCGUAUGGACUGCGCGCGGAUCAUUGUGUUAAUUUUUAUCCGUAUAUUUUAUACCUAUGUCCGAAUUUUGAAAUUGAAUGCCGACGUUCCUCCGUCUGAUUCGAAAUUUGAUCUAAAAGUAAUUGCCUCAGUACGCCGCUAGCCACAACUUGGUAGUGUGUCUAGGGAUCAUAAUCCCGAAUAAUUCUUACAUUGGUGGUUCACGUCAGGGUCACCGGUAUAUUGCCGCCAAAUAUUGUUGCAUUUUUAUUCAUGGUUCUUUUGUAUUUUGGAUUAAGGAUCAUUGUGCAAUUUCUAUACCAGUGAUAAUAGUAUAGACAAGUUAUUUAACGAAUAACGCAGAAGUUAUAGACCGAUAUCUAGUCGCAUUGUUGUUUGAUCAUAUUAAAUAUUGUAUUGUAGUACAAAGUGGUUUUACGUCAAUUUAAACAUAUUUUUGUUAUUCUUAUUUUAAGCUUAUUUUACCAUUUAAGUUUUAUUAAAUGUUGUGUUUACUA